AAUGAAGAGAGUUGGGAUAUAAGAUACAAAUGACUUUGAAGAGCCAUUGAUAAAUAAAGAGAAAUUCAAAGAAUGCAAUUUUUUAUUCACUAAUAUUACUCCAUUGAUUGAACUAAUAAAUAGGAAAUCGGAUCAACUUGAGAAUACAGAUUUACAAUAUUUCUUAGAGCCUAAUUUAAAACCUUAAAUGGCAAUAGAUCUAGUUGAGAGGUAUAAAAUAAUCGAAUUAUAGAAUAUAAUUGAAUGAGUUGGAGAGAAGAAAAAGAAAUAAUAUUAGUUUAGAGAGGGAAUAUUAAACUCCUACAUUUUAUAUAUUUAAGUCCUUAUUUCUUAGUAAAUUCAUAUUUAUAGGAUUGCUAAAUUUUAUGGAUAAAGCAAUAUAGAUUGGAUCGGUUUAUUUAUUAGAUCUAGUGACUGAUGCAAUCAAAGACUAUAACAUACCUGAUUAAGAUCGUUAUAUUUUAAAACCCAUUUUAUUAUUAUUGACAAUGACAAUUGUCUAUACAUUUGGUACAUACUUAGAGUCAAUUUCCAACAAUUAUUAAAACUAAUUUACAACAUUAUUAAAAAUAGUUGGUCAAUACCUGAUCUAUUAAAAGGCUUUAAGAACAAAGUAUCUUUAAGAAACUGUUUAAAAAGAAAAGAAAGAUAAAAAGGAUGGAGAUGAAGAGUAUGUAGCUAAUGUCAAUAAUUUAUUAACAGUUGAUAUUGAAGAACUUUCUGGUAUAUAUUGGGGUGUUUUUGGAUGUAAUUAAAAUAAAUAUAAUAAUUAGUAUCUUCAUCUUUGGUGACUAUUAUAAUAGCAUUGUAUAUGUUGUACUUAAAAUUAGGGAAUGCAGUUUGGACUGGAUUAAUAGUACUUGGUUGUGUUGUUAUCUUUAAUUCUUUUACAACUACUUUAACAAUUGUAAAUAUAAUUAUUGAAUAUUUUUAUAGAUGUUUUACAGAAAGGCUUUAGUUUAAAAGGAUAGUAGAUUAGCAUUGUCUUCAGAUGUAAUUGAAGGGAUGAAACAAAUAAAAUAUUUAUCAUGGGAAUAAACAUUUAAUGAUAAAAUAUUGGCGAUUAGAAAAAAAGAAUUUGGAUAUAUAAGAUGGUAGAAAACAAUAGAUAUUAUAAAUAAUGUAUAAUGGAGUAGUAUCAGUUAUAUAUUGCUGUACUUCUUUUUGUCCAGUUAUGUUGAUAAAAAUGGAGAGGAUGCAUUGAAAUCUACAAAUGUUUUCACAAUAAUAGCCUUAUUUAAUUUAUUAACAUUUCCUUUGGGAGUGAUUCCUUAUUCAGUUAAUUAAUUAAUUAAUACAACUGUAUCCUAUAAGCGUAUUAAAACAUACUUAGAUCUUAAGGAAAUUAAUGAUGAAGAAAUAAUUAGAUAUAAAAAUUGUAUAGGAGAAGAAUAUGUAAUAGAAAUUCCUUAGAUUUAAUUCAAAUGGCCAUCAAAGGAGAAUAAUUCUGAUGAGAAUGAGACAUUCUAAUUAAAUUUGGCAGAAUUAAAAAUAAAGAAGAAUACUUUAAAUAUGAUAAUUGGUAGAAUAGGAUGUGGUAAGACAGCUUUAUUGAAUGCAAUUUUAAAUGAGAUGGAAAUAAAAUAAUAGAGUUAAAGUAGCUUAAAAGUGAAAGGAAGUGUAGCUUAUGUUAGUUAAAAUCAUUGGUUAUAAAAUAUGUCAAUAAGGGAUAAUAUUUUAUUUGGUAAGACUUAUGAUAAAUAAUUGUAUAAGUAAUGUAUAGCAGCUUGUGAUUUGAUGCCAGAUUUACUUACAUUUCCUAAAAGAGAUUAAUACAUAUUAGGACCAGAUGCUAAGAAUAUUAGUGGAGGAUAAAAACAAAGAAUUUCAUUAUGCAGAGCUUUGUAUUAAAAUUGUGAUAUCUAUUUAAUGGAUGAUAUAUUCUCUUCAUUAGAUAUGCAUGUGGCUGAUAAUGUAUUUAAUAAAGGAAUUAAAUAAAUGUUAUUAGAUUAAGGUAAAACUAUUUUAAUGAUCACUUCUUAAUUCAGAUUUAUUGAGAUGUAUAAUAAAUGUAACAUUAUUUAUAUGAUUGAUGGUUCAGUUUGUUUAGAUGAAUAACUAUUAAAUGAGUUUAUGUCUUAAGAGAAGGAGAAAUAAUUAAAAUUAGAAUAAGAAUAAUUAGAGAAAGAAGAAAAAGAAGAAAAAAAAUUGAUACAUGAAAAAGUUAAAGUGAAAUAAUCAUAAGAAAUUGAUUUAGAUAAUCCAGAAGAUAAUUUAAUAGAAGGUGCAAAGAAAAAUGAAGUAGAGGAAGAAGAAAGAGAAUCUGGUGAAAUUGCAGGAGAUACUGUUUUAUAUUAUUUAUCUUAAAUGGGAUAUGCUUUAGUUAUAUUAGCUAUCUUGUUGUCAAUUGUUUUAAUGUUGAGUAGAAAUUUAAUUGAUUUUUGGAUUAGAUCAUAGAUUAGUAUUGAUAAUCACACAUUUGACUUUUUUGAUGAUUGGUUUGGAACAUCUUUCAAUAGUAAAUUUUCUUGGUUGAUUUCCAUAAUUGUGAUGAUUACAUUUGUAAGUGGUACCAUUAUGAAAAUCUGUAUUUUAUUAAGUGGUUGGAGAACAUUUAAACGUUUAAAUCAAAGUAUUAUGAAUUCAAAAAUGAUAUUCUUUGAUAAUAAUGCUUAAGGUAGAAUUAUUAAUAGGAUAUCUAAUGAUACUUUAGUUGUGGAUGAUGAAUUACCUUGGUAUGUUGAAGUACUUAUUAUGUCAUUACUUGCAUGUAUAGGCUAUCCAAUUGGUAUCAUAAUUCUCUUUCCAUGGUUAAUUGUGAUUAUUAUUAUUGAACUCUUUGCAUUUAGAUGGUUAUAAAAAUACUUUAGAAAAAGUAAUAGAGACCUUAAAAGAAUUCAAUCAACAAAUGAAGGUAAAGUUAUUUCACAUCUCACUGAAACAACUGGAGGUUUAAGAACUAUAAGAGCAUUUGAAAAACAAUAAUAUUUUAUUAAGGAAUACAUAGUUAAAUUAACUGAAUCUAUAUGCUCUUUUGUAAAUAGUAGAAGAGUUAGUUACUGGUUAUCUGUAAGAUUACAUUUAUUAAGUAAUUUAAUUUUCUUAUCUGUUUCAAUAACAAUCAUUCUCAUGAUGAUAUUUGAUAUUGAAAUUGAUUAUGCAACUUCUGCUAUGACAUUAACAUAUGCUGUACUUAUAGCUAAUGAAUUCAAUGAUACAAUGAAUUGGUUUACUUAAAGUGAAGCUAAAAUGGUUUCAGUUGAAAGAAUUAGAUAAUACUUUAAUAAUCCUUAAGAAUAAUAUAAUAGUGUAGUGAAAAUUAAUCCAUAAGUUUAAUAAAUUAUUAGAUAAUAAGUACCACCUAAACCAUAAAAUGUUGAUCCAAAUUAAUAUUCAAUAGUUUUUAAUGAUGUCACAAUUACUUAUGAUGAUGUAUUACAAAGCCAAAAUGUUAAGUAUGCCUUAAAGAAUUUUUCUCUAUUUAUUAAAAAAGGAGAGAAAGUUGCCUUUGUUGGUAGAACUGGAUCAGGUAAAACAUCAAUUUUAAAUAUUUUAUUCCGAUUAUAUGAUUUCCAAUAAGGACAAAUAUAUAUUAAUGGUCAUGAUGUAAAUUAUUAAUCUUAUUAAAUUUUAGAUUUAAAAUAUGUAAUUAAGAGAUGUCAGAUAAUUAUUAUCAAUAGUGCCUCAAUUUGGAUUCUUGUACAAUGCAACUCUUAGAGAUAAUAUUGAUCCUCAAGGGAGAUUAACAGAUCAAUAAAUUGAACAAGCAUUCAACAAUACACAAUUUAGAAUUAGAGGGAUCAUGGAAGAUUCAACAAAGACUAAUAAUUCAAGUUAAGAGGAAAAUUAGUAAUCCUAAACUAAUAUUAAUUUUAUGAUAGCUAAAUCUGGAGGAAAUUUAUCAAAUGGUGAAAAAUAAGUUAUCAAUUUUAUGAGGGUUAUCUUAUAAAAUAAGGAUAUUGUUUGUUUAGAUGAAGCCACUUCAAAUAUGGAUCCAAAAACAGAUGAAGAAUUACAUAAGACAUUAUUUGAUUACGUUUAAAAUGAUAAUAGAACAUUACUAGUUAUUACACAUAGAUUAGAAAAUAUUUAAUAGUAUGAUAGAAUUGUAGUUUUGGAAAAAGGAGAAAUAGUUGAAUUAGGAUCAUAUGAAGAACUUAUGUAAAAGAAUGGAUGGUUUGUUAGAUUGGUAAAUUAAAAUAAUGAAUGAAUGU